GCGAACGAUUUGACAUUAGCAUUCAUCACAAUGUUCCCUGACUGAAUACAGAAUCGCCAAAUAAUUGAGGUCCCCUGUAUGACAUGUAAUGAUUUUUCCUCCCGGAUCACGACAAUGUUAUUGACAUAAACACUGACCGACUGACUGAUUGCAUGGUUCUUAACCUUUGUUAUCAGUCGUACGUUUACCCCCGCCAAUUUCAAGUUAUCUUAGCUGAUCGUUCGAUCCAGCAGCUUGCUACGUCACUGCACACCUCGGUACGGUAUUGCGGCAAUACAGACAAUAGUUAAAAACAUCGCGGUUGCGGUCGGACGUGUCUCGCGUAGUGCGUGAAACUAUAAAUAACUGUUUACGCUUCGUUAGGUUUUAUUUAAAGAUCCAGUGGGAAAUGACGAGUAUUAAAUUAAGUUUUCUCAUUUUGUUCACUUACGGUCUACUGGCAAGGAACUCGCUGGGCCUAUCGCCUGUUAUACUGAUUCCUGGCGACGGUGGCAGCCAACUUGAAGCCCGACUUAACAAAACAAGUGUAGUUCACUACAUCUGUGCCAAAACAUCUCCCGACUACUUCAACAUAUGGCUAAACCUAGAACUUCUCGUACCAUUUGUUAUUGACUGCUGGGUAGACAACUUGAAGCUAGAAUAUGACAAUGUUACUCGUACAACAAAAUGCCCAGAUGGGGUUGAUAUCCGGAUACCGGGAUGGGGUAACCCGGAGCCUGUGGAAUGGUUAGACCCGUCGCACCAGAGUUCUGGAGCAUACUUCAACACUAUAGCAGAUUCACUCGUCAAGAUAGGGUACAAGAGAAAUGUAUCUAUCCUCGGUGCUCCAUAUGACUUCAGAAAGGCUCCAAAUGAGAACGCGAAAUUCUUCACGGAUCUCAAAGCCCUGGUGGAGAACACAUACGAAGUGAACAACAAGUCGUCAGUGACACUGCUGGUGCACAGCAUGGGAGGGCUGAUGGCGAUGCACUUCCUGAGGCUGCAGCCUCAAGCAUGGAAGGACCAGUAUAUAAGGAGACUCAUCUCGCUGUCUACUCCGUGGGGCGGGUCUAUGAAGGCUGUAAAAGUUUUUGCUAUAGGCGACGACCUGGGCAGCCUGAUGCUGCGCGAGAGCAUAAUGCGCGCGCAGCAGAUCACGUGCCCGUCGCUGGCGUGGCUGCUGCCCUCGCCGCUCUUCUGGAAGCCUUCAGAGGUCCUCGUGCAGACCGACAAGUAUAACUACACUAUUAACGACUUCCAGAAGCUGUUCACUGACAUGGAGCUGCCGGACGCGUGGGAGAUGCGCAAGGACACGGAGAAGUACACUCAGGACUUCAGCGCGCCCGGCGUCGAGGUGCACUGCAUAUACGGGUACAACAUCACCACUGUUGAGAGACUAGUAUACAAGCCAGGCACCUGGCUGGACGGUUACCCAACCCUCUCCAUGGGUGACGGCGACGGCACCGUCAACCUGCGCUCGCUGCACGCGUGCGAGCACUGGCGCAAGCGCAGCUUCCGUAACGGCAACCCGGUCAAGUCCCUCCCGCUGCCCGGAGCUGAACACCUCAAGAUAUUGCAUGAUAAACGAGUGUUGGAUUAUAUUGAGCUCGUUAUGAAGAAUUGAAUGUAAGUUUCGAGUUUGUUUUUAUAUGUUUUAAACGGAUUUAUACUGGGUCUGAUGUGUGAAGGGACUGAAUCGCAGUUGAUAUUAUCGUUUUAAAAAACUAGGUACAGUUUUUGUUUAAAAAAGUAUUGCUGUGAAUCGCAGUGAAUCAUUUGGGAAAAUAGCUUCGGUUUUCAUGUAACUUUAAUGCUCUGAAGCUAGCAAUUUAACGCCUUACGCUUGAGUAGUCUUAGUUGGUCAUAUAUUUUGACUAGCGUGAAGUCACUAGUAGCAUACUUUUGAGCUGAAAAGUUGUUAGACAAAAUCUGUACUGAUAAACAAAAAUACUUGAGACUCGAAUUUGAAAAUCGUACUUCCUAAGAUAAGCGUAUCCAACAAAACAAAAUAAGCAGCUGUGUAAACAUAGUACAGAUGUUAUGUAAAUCCCUUUAAAAGUCGUUUUGUUUACAAUGAAUUUACAUAAGUAAGUGUUUGUGACUCAGAGUGAGAAUUCCGAUGUAUUUAGGAUAUUAUUUUUGAUGAAUAAGCGGAUGCUUAAGAUAUGUGUGUAUAACAAUUAGUUAAAGACUUUGGAAGAGUUUUCAAUGCAUACUAUUAUGAGGAGGGAAAAAGGGGACGGUUGAAUCUUGUUAGAUAUUAGUCAUUAUGUCUUCUGCAAACACCAAUUAAAAAAAUAUUAGUUGAUAGCAAGUUUUUAGUAAGAGGAAUGAUGAUUUUAAUUAACAUUAAAAGUAAUGUUAACGAGUAAAUACUUACUGAGUCUUGAUAAGCUCUACAGUGUCUUCGUAAGCAGAUAAUUAUUAUUAAUACGAUUCCACUCUUUUAUUUUAUACUGAUAAAAGUUGUUAUGUUAUAAAUAUUCUUUACUUUUGUACAUAGGGAUCUGCUUUGUAAAUAAAGAGUAAGAAAAAGUCUAUACUCUAUCCACGGAAGCAAGAGCUAAAAGGUAAACAAAGAAUGACACUUUUUCAAGAUGUCGGUAUAACCCGACCGAUGACAAAACGUCACAUUUUUGUGUAAAAUGUUCGCAGUAUCUGUGAUUUUGUCAUCGGUCGGGUUAUACCGCCAUCUUGAAAAAGUGUCAUUCUUUGUUUACCUUUUAGCUCUUGCUUCCGUGGAUAGAGUAUAGUAGAUACAGUCAGCAUAUAUUAGAAGACUUAAGAAUAAUAGUUAUAUCUGAUUGUAGUAAAUAAAAUACUUGCAUUCCUUGCCAGUUACCUGUAAUGCUUUAAAACAGAGUUAAAUAUUUACAUAAUUCUACAUUCUAAUAUUAAAACAAAAUCAUAGUCUUG